ACGUACGCCGACGACGAGGACGAGGUGUACCCGUGUUGCUUUCCAUUCGGAUUCUGCGAUUGCUCCUCCUUGUUGGGCCAGUUCGUUGCCGAUCGUUGUUUCUCCCUGGUCGUGGUGCUUCAUGCAAAUAAAUUGUCUGCUCCCUCCGUCGAUUCGUUCUGUCUGUUCGGGAUCGCGUCCAGGUGAUCGUCGAUACCCACGAGUAACGUUUCGUACGUGGACGCGUCCGGUCGAUUUCUUUCUCGAUCCUGUUUCCCGCGCAGAACCCGAAACCCACCGCCAGUGCAAUAGAUCCCCGACACGCUUGGAAACGUUAACGAUCAUCGUGCUCGGUACACGCGACACACUCGUAUCGCACGUGUAAUGCACAUCGUAAUUAGCAGUGAACAAAACUAAAGUAUCACGUACACGACCAUGGUCUGGAAGAAGAUCGUUCCGUUGGUGGCGUUCUGCGCGUCGAUCCACGCGAUCGAUCCCAACCGAGCUACGAUGAGGGAAACGAUACCCUUGUACGCGAUCAUCGGCAACGUGGAUCUCAUCAACGAGACCAGGUGUCAACGGGAAUUGCUAGACGUGGAUCGGGCCAUCGAGAACCAAAUAAUGUGGGGCAUGAAAAUAUUGGAUUCGAAUGGCGUGCCAGGCACCGGGUACAUCAGUGGGAACAACUAUUGGUUGGGCGAUCGACUGGAAUGCAACCGGAUCAACGACAGGAAUGUCCCGCAAUUGAAAUGGAGUCUUCUGGACAACGGGACACGGUACAACGAUAUAAGCUAUGAGGUUCCGCCCUUCACCGUAAACUUCUACGUCGUACAGAUCCACGAGGAGUCUUACAUGCAAGACAUCGUCCUCCAAGAAACCGCAGAAAAAGUCAUAUCGCUUGGGCUCUGUCUGCCGUCGUCCUGUACCGAGGACCAGUUAACUACAAUGAUAGAGAAGGUCUUGCAAGACAGGACUCUCCUGUUCCCGCGAAUUUACAACGUGGAGUUCGACCUGAUCAAGGUGAUCGAUUACAAGAAGUACGACCAAUGGAGUGCCGAUGGACUGACGAUCGUAAUCAUCUUGGUCUUGGCGUCGUCGGUAGGUAUGGUGGUAGCGGGCACGUACUAUGAUCUGACGGUGCAUCAGGAUUACUUGGAGAAAAAGAAAAAGUUCGUUCCUUACGAGAACAACAACAUCACUGUACCGAAGAAAGACACGGAAAAGAAACCAGAGCCAACGAAAAGCGAGAAACCCGUCCCGCCGCUGGUUGAAGAUGAAAGCCUGGCGGGCAGAAUUCUGUUGUGUUUCUCAGCCUACACGAAUAUAAAGGAAAUAUUCAGAUUGAAUCCGCAACCAGGUACCCUGAACAUGCUCCACGGGAUGAAAGUCAUCGGAGUGGUAUGGAUCCUCAUAGUGCACGUCCUCAUUUAUGGCGCCUUCAGCGUAGGUAACAAGAUGACAGCGUUUCUGCUAAGUACCAUUUUGAUAACCCAACCUUUCAGCAAUGCAUCGUACUCGGUGGACACCUUCUUCUUCGUAAGCGGAUUUCUACUGACUCAUUUAUUCGUGAAAACGAGACAGGUGAAGCAGAUGCCCCAGAGCGAGACCGUAGGUGUGAGGUUAUUCAACUUCUUCAUGAUACUUAUCCGAAGGAUCAUUAGGCUUACACCCGCGUACGGGAUCACGAUACUAGUUGCGAUACUAACCUUCUCCUGGCUCGAGAAGAAUUCUCUGAUCUACAUGUACGAGAGGGCCCACGAAAGAUGCAUAGCAAACUGGUGGAAGAAUCUACUUUACAUCAACACUUUCUACUCUUGGAACGAACUGUGUCUUACAUGGAGCUGGUAUCUGUCCGAUGACACGCAAUUCUUCAUAUUCGGUACAUUGUUGCUGCUAAUAUCGAUCACGCACUUCAACUUCGCCCUGACAGCGGGCAUCGUUACGUUUAUUGCGUCGAUCGUGGCGACCGGUUACGUAGCGUACACUAUCGACUACGUUCCCCUAAUCGACAUACAGUUCCAAACACUGAGCCUGCUGUACAUACCACCGUUGCUCAGAAUUGGACCAUUUUUGAUAGGGAUGGCCACGGCUCACCUUCUUGCAAAAUGGGAUUACAAACUAGAAUUGUCGAACAAAGCCUUUGCUAUCGGUUGGACAAUUGGUACAAUGUGCAAUGUUACGGUUCUGUACGGCCUAAUAGAUAGAAACCUUCCCAUCUUUUUGAGCGUCGCUUACGCGGCACUGUCCAGAGUAAUUUGGGCGUUUGGCAUCGCGUGGCUGGUGGUAGCGUGUGCCACGAACAACGGCGGUAUAAUAAAUAAAGUUUUGUCGCACCCAAUAUGGUUACCCCUCAGCAGGAUGUCGUACUCCAUUUACCUUCUAAACCCUCUACUUAUAUACACAGUCUACUUAUCAACCAGCUACCCCCUCUUCCACGACCCAGUAACGACCGCUGCCAUAUUUCUGGGAAUAAGCCUCGCCACUUUCAUCUUUGGUCUCAUGUUAUCCUUGAUCGCUGAACUGCCGGCUAUACUGUUGUUGCAAAUGAUGUUUGCUCCAAAACAAACGAAAUGAGAGUUUGCGUUUUUUUUUAUAUUCCUUAACACGUGGGAAGGAGGACCAAUCCAUAGUCAACUGCUCAAGAGUCGUAAACGUCUGUUUUAACAACGUGCGUUCCGUACACAGCGAUUGCGAGUUUGAUCGGUGUCGUACACUGACUCAAGCGGGAAGAGGAAGCACGGAGCACGUUUACAACUACAGACCGUUAAAUGACG